GAAGAAUUUGUAUCAUAGAAAAUAUAGCGUUAGAGUUUUUCUUCUUCCUUUUUUUUUUUGGAAAGGUGGAUAGGUAUGGGAAGUCAAGCAGCGUUGGGUACGGAAUUAAAUGUAUUUUAAGAGGAGAAUUUUUAAAAAAUGUCUAAUAUCAGGGCUACCUUGAUGGAUUUCAGCCCCACUGAGUGCAGAAACGUGGCGAACAAGGAGAACAAAAGCUCCCCGUCGCCUCCUGUUCUCACUCUCGUUCAGUUUUCACGCCCUCCUUUCGUCAGUUUUGGGACUGUGAAGUUGGGUUCUUCCAAAUCUGCCCUUUUGCGGAUUGAGAAUCCGGUGGAAUAUGCGACUGAAGUGCGAGUGGACAGAGUUGCGUCUGCGAAAGGCUUUUCUGUGGAGGAGUCCAGGUUUACCAUAGAGGCUGAAGAAAGUGCCACUGUGAGGAUUAACUGGACCCCGGUGCAGGAAGGUGGUGUCAGGGAACUCAUCACAUUCACUGCCAACGGCAUCGUCAAACACCAAGCCAUUUUGCUUGGCAGAGCUGAGGCACAGAAGAAGAAAAAGAAGAGUUUGUGGGAGUCUAUUAAAAAGAGUACAGUGCCUGGCCAUUCUGGACUCUCCAAAGAAAAGGGAUCAGAUUCUUCGCUGAAGAAGGCGACCAAUAAAACUUUCCACGUGUCUCGCCAGUCUCAGUACAAGAAGGAGAGGGAGCGAGGGCCCCUUGGACCAAGUAACAAAAAGCAAGCGAGAGGACAACUUCCAGUGUUUUCAUUGCCUGUUGGUGAUGAAAGUACCCAGUUAAGACAGGAGAACUGUACACCCGUUUGUCUUCAGACUCCUAAGUUAAAGCAUGGAAAGACCAAACUGGAGGAUGUAUUCCCUUUUAAGAAAGACUCUCCAAUUGUCCUUCUCGUACCAUCAGCCAAAGUUAUGGAUGCUGCAGUCCCAGAUGAGAAUGCAUUUGCACGUGAUCUAUUAUCUCUUUCUGAAUUCAAAGAUGUUACUUGUGUGUUGAACAGGCCCGACUCACCUGUUAGUACAGCAGAUGAUGGUAUUAAUCCUUUGAUACCUGAGAUUCCUUCCUGUGAAAGCCCAGCGACUAAUACACCUGUGGUGGACCAGAUGUUUGUGCCAGGAACUCCGGUGUUGUCUGUGAAAGAUGCCUUGGAAAUCAUUCAGUCAGAUUUAAGCCUCUUGGAAAAUGCAAGCCCACCUAAUGCUUGUUCAAGCUUUGACUUCUCCGAUUCCUUAGAAAUGCCGAAGGAGGUUUACAGAGAUCAGUGUUCUGUGGCACCUGAUACAGCAGCGUCAGAUGUUCCAGCUGACAGUUCAUUUGACCCUCGCUUAACAUUCUUUGUCAAGUCUAAAUCAGAUGUGGUGAAUAAUGAAAAAGUGAAUGACAAUCCCAUCGCACAGAAAUCCAACAAGGUGUAUUUCUCAUCUGCCACAGUAACAAAAACUAAAGGUGACAAAACGCAGGGAAAUUGUCGAGAGGUCCAGAAAACAAGAACUUCAACUCGUUGUCUAUUUGAAAAAACUUUGGAUUUUACAAAGGGUAAUCACACUGGAUCAGAUCUUGACAAACUGAAAGAUGUUUGCAGACUCCCUGUUAUUGACUCCCCUUGCCAUCUUGAAACUGGAUUUAAAAAUCUGCUUGACACAGUUCUGCCAGAGGUGUCACCAGUCAAGGCUGAAAACCAGUCCCUGACCAAUCCCACUGUACUGACGGUCACCGACUCUUUCGGACCUCAGGCUUCAACUGCAAUCAAAAAUAACAGCUUAAAUGACUCGUUGUUUACAUCUUCACUGUCCCAGCCAGGGGGACCUCUCAUCUGUAGUCAUACACAAAUAAUCUGUAAUUCUCCAUCCAAAACAAGUUCCAAAAAAAGGAAAAGUGAUGAAUUUUCAAAAGAGAAUACUGAUGAAAGUUUGAUCUUUCCAGUUAAGAGAAGUCGGGAAUUUAAAGUGACUAAAGAGAUACAGAAAAAAGUGCCAGAAAGGUUUACCUCCCGAAGGUUGAACAAGAAGGCUGCAGUUUCACAGAGCUCACAUUCAUCUGCACCAACAAAAUCAUCUUUGGGUGUGUCCCAGUCCAAGUUGACUUUUUCAAAACCUGUGCGGCGAGGCUCACAGUCUGUGAAAUCGAGCACAUCAUCUGUGAAGACUCCAAAAGUUAUAGCAGUGGCACAGUCACAGCUAACCUUCAUAAAGCCUGUUAAAACAGUGAUACCAAGGCAUCCGCUGCCGUUUGCAGCUAAAAAUAUGUUCUACGAUGAACGCUGGAUUGAAAAGCAAGAAAGAGGAUUCACAUUUUGGAUUAACUAUGUCCUCACUCCAGAUGAGUUCAAAGUCAAUACAGAAGUAACAAAAGUAAAUGCUGUGUCAUUAGCUUUUGGAAGCGAUCAAAAAUUUAGUAUUUCAAAAGCACCAACGAAAGAGGAGAUGUCCUUCAGGACAUACACAGCACGCCGAAGACUGAAUCGCCUCCGUCGUUGUGCCUGCCAGCUCUUCACAUCCGAGGCCAUGGUCAAAGCUAUACAGAAGCUUGAGUUGGAGGUGGAAGCCAAGCGGCUGCUGAUGCGCAAGGAUCGACACAUCUGGAAGGAUAUUGGACAACGGCAGAAAGUUUUGAAUUGGCUUCUCUCCUACAAUCCACUUUGGUUGCGGAUUGGGCUUGAGACCAUUUUUGGGGAGUUAAUUUCAUUGGAGAGCAAUAAUGAUGUCAUGGGACUGGCAGUGUUCAUUCUCAACCGUUUGCUAUGGAAUCCAGACAUUGCUACUGAGUACAGACAUCCUACAGUACCCCAUCUGUACCGCAGUGGUCAUGAGGAUGCCUUAUCUUGUUUUACUUUGAAGAAGCUUCUCCUCCUAAUAUGCUUUCUUGACAAAGCCAAAGAAUCCAGAAUGAUUGACCAUGAUCCAUGUUUGUUCUGCAUGGAUGCUGAAUUCAAGUCUAGCAAGGAUCUUUUGCUGGCGUUUUCAAGAGACUUUCUAAGUGGGGAGGGAAUUCUCCCUCGCCAUCUUGGACAUUUGGGCUUAGCUGUGUCCCAUGUUCAGACACCACUGGAUGAGUUUGACUUUGCUGUAAAGAACCUAGCUGUUGAUCUGAGAUGUGGAAUCCGUCUGGUGCGCAUUAUGGAGCUGUUUACCCAAAACUGGAGCUUGUCUCAGAAGCUCAGAAUGCCUGCCAUUAGUCGACUUCAGAAAGUGCACAACGUUGAAUGUGCACUGAAAGUGUUGAAAGAAAAGGGGAUUAACAUAAAUGAUGAACAUGGAGCUGCCAUUGAAUCAAGGGACAUUGUGGAUGGACACAGAGAAAAGACAAUAACUUUGCUCUGGAAAAUCAUCUUUGCAUUUCAGGUGGAGGUUUUGCUCGAUGAAGAGAAGCUCACAGAUGAGUUGUGUUUCCUCCAACGAAUGUGGAAAACUAAACAGCAGCUAUCAGCAUGGAAAAACAAGCAGCCUGUGAUAAAUAAAGCUAAGGAAACAAAAUGUACAUUGGAACACAGCAGCAAGAAAAUUUCUUUGCUGAUGGACUGGGUGAAUGCAGUCUGUGCAUUUUACAAUGUUCAGGCGGAGAAUUUUACAGUGUCCUUCUCAGAUGGCCGGAUUCUUUGUUACUUGAUUCACCGUUAUCAUCCUUGCUAUCUUCCUCUGGAAGCAGUUUGUCAGAAUACUACGCAGACCAUAGAGUGCGGGCACCGUGGCACAGUUGGGCUGAAUUGUUCGUCCAGUGAUUCUGACAGUUCUUUCAGUGAUUUUCCAGGGAUGCAAAAUGAUGCAGAAAUUUCUGUGGAUUUCAAAGCUCUCCUAGAAAAUGAAAAGAAAAAUUUCCAGCUGGUGAAUGAUGCAAUAGCUUCUCUUGGGGGAGUUCCAGCCAUGAUCAACCCUGCAGACAUGUCAAACACAAUUCCAAAUGAAAAGGUUGUUACCUGUUACCUUUCUUUCCUCUGUGCUCGGCUCUUGGACUUGCGAACUGAAACCAGAGCUGCCUGGAUUAUCCAGGGGGCAUGGAGAAAGUACAGGAUGAAAAUGGAAGAAAAGCUUUCCAAGCAAAAGAACAUCGCUGCCACCAAAAUACAGUCUGCUGUCAAAGUCUUCCUCCAGAGGCGUCGGGAAGAAAGGCAGGCAGCAGCAGCUGUCAUCAUUCAGGCUGUUUGGCGUGGCCAUUUUGUGCGAAAGAAGAUGAGAGCCAUGAAGUUGGAGAAGAUUCGGAUUCUGCAGAACGCUGCAGCAACAAUCAUUCAAGCACACUGGAGGAGAUAUUCUGCAGUGAAAAAUUUUCGGCUACUCAAACAUCAUGCCAUUGUGAUUCAAGCUCAUCUGAGGAAGAAACUUGCUGUUGCUGCCUAUAGGAGAGUUCUGUGGGCUGUGACAACAAUUCAGAGAUGUCGGAAGGCCUGUAUAUUGGCGAAAGGAGAACGCCAGAAGUUCCUGACAUUAAGGUGUGCUGCCAUCACGAUUCAGAAGGACUUUAGAAGCUGGAAGGUUCGUUCAUCAGUAAAGAAAAAUAACGCUGCCACUGUGAUUCAGUCUGCAUUCCGAAAAUGGCAGCGAGAAAAAAUCGUCUUGAAGACUGCUGCAGCCAUGAAGAUACAGUCAUGGUACCGAAUGCAUAGAUGCCGGAGACUAUACGUGACUCUUCAACAGAAAGUUGUAAUUAUACAGGCAUGGUACAGAGGUUUCCAGGCGAGAAAGAAUUAUCAAAUUUUAAGAAGGCAACAUUCCUCCGCGACUGUCAUCCAAAAAGCAUUCAGAUCUUUCAUUUUCAGGAGACGCUUUGUACGGAUUAGACAUGCCACAGUUGUGAUACAGAGUUGGUACAGACUCUGCAAGCAAAGAGAAAAAGCGAGACUACAACAUUUAAAAAUGAGCCUUUCAGCUGUCACUCUGCAAGCAGCAUACCGUGGCUAUGUGGUGCGAAAAAAGAGCAAGCAACAGAACAAAGCAGCUGUAGUGAUUCAAGCAGCAUUUAGGAUGUUUGCAGCUCGGAAAAAAUUCUUUUCUCUUAAAAGAGCAGCAGUAGUGCUACAACAGCGAUACAGGGCUAAGCAAUUGGGUCAGAAACGGAGGAAGGAGUAUCUGUGUCUCCAGCAUUCAGUGCUGAGGCUUCAGGCUGUCUGGAGAGGUAGAACAGAGAGAAAGCAGAUCAAGGAGUUGCACAGAGCUGCUGUGCUGAUACAGUCAUGUUAUCGUAGGCAUGUUGCUGAAUCUCAGUUCAGGCUGAAGAGAAAGGCAGCACAGGUGAUACAGACUCACUAUAGGGCUCGUGUCUUAGGGAAGAACGAGCGAUGGCGGUACGUCACCAUGAGAAAAGCUGUUGUCAUCCUACAGGCAACAUUCCGUGGGGCAAAAGUCAGGCAGAAACUGAAGAUGGAGCACAGGGCAGCCACGGUAAUUCAGGAUGCAUUUAGGACAUAUGUUUGCAUGCGCAAUUUCGCAUCUCUCAGAAGAGCAGCUGUUGUUCUCCAGAGGCGCUACAGGGAACGUCAGAUGGCACAGCACCAGCGGCAGCAGUACAUUCGGUUACGACAAGCAGCUGUGAAGUUGCAAUCUGCUUAUAGAGGCUCUAAAGUUAGAAGAGAUCUCAUGCGUAUGCAUCAAGCAUCAACGCUAAUUCAGGCAUACUUCAGAAUGUACAAAGCUCGGAUUUUGUUUACCGCAGCUAGGUGUGCUGCCACCGUAAUACAGCAAAAUUACAGAGCUUACAUAAAAGGAAGGCAACAGCGUCAGUGUUAUUUGCAGAUGAGAGAAUCUGCUGUUGUGAUACAGUCUGCUUUCAGGGGUAUGAAAACUCGUAUUGAAGUUCAGGGAAUGCACAGGGCUGCAACAGUGAUUCAGGCACAUUACCGAAAACACAAACAGUUUGUUCACUUUAAGAAGCUGCGUUGGGCAGCAUCUGUUAUCUGUCAGAGGUUCAAAGCUGUCCAGCUCAGAAACACUGAAGUGCAGAAAUACAUGGUUUUGAAAACUGCAACAGUGCGCAUACAGUGCGCUUUUCGUGGCAUGAGGACAAGGAAGCAAGUGCGGGAGAUGCAUAAUGCUGCAAGAAUAAUUCAGAGGCGCUACCUAGCUCAUAGGGACAGGAAGAAGUACCUUACUUUAAAAGCAGCUGCCAUCACAAUUCAGCAGCAAUACAGGGCUUUGACUGCUGCACGAAUGCAGCGGAAGUCCUAUCAAUCUCUAGUAGCUGCAUGUGUUUUGAUCCAAGCUACCUACAAAGGUAUGAAAGUAAGGAAAGAUUUGCAGAGGAAGAAUCACGCAGCUACUGUAAUUCAGGCAAGUUUCAGAAGGUACAGAACAGUGUUGCGUUUCAAAGCAAUGAAAUUGGCUGCAAAUGUUAUACAGCAAUGGUACCGAAGCCAGUUAAAAGGGAAACAAACAAGGGAACGCUUCCUUAAACUGCGUCACAGCGCUGUAGUGGUCCAGUCUGUUUUCAGAGGGAGAAAGGCAAGACUUGAGAUUCGAAGGAUGCACAGUGCUGCUGUUUUACUUCAAGCCCAGUUCAGAAUGCAGCAGUGUUAUUUGCAGUUCAAGAAAAUGUGUUAUGCUGCAAAAGUCAUACAAGACAGAUACAGAGCCUCCAAGGCCAGAGAUCUACUAUUCCAGGAGUACAAGGCUAAGAAAAAGGCUGCUGUUGUGAUCCAGUCAAGUUUCCGUAAUUAUAAAGCUCGGCAAAAGCUGGAGAAAGCCGCCACUGUCAUCCAGAGAAGUUUUCUGACCUUCAAGGCUAGGAAGCACUUCUUGUCACUCAGAGCAGCAACAUUAGUUCUUCAAUAUCAAUACAGGGCUUUGGUAGCUGUUAGAACCAAACGUGCAGAGUACCUUUUGAUGCGCAAGGCUGUUGUUACGUUACAGGCGGCUUACAGAGGAAUGCAAGCUCGGAAAGAAUUGCGGAGGCAGCACAAGGCAGCAGUUGCUAUUCAAACCCAAGUCAGACAGCACUUAGCCAUGUCAUCUUAUAAGAGACUGCGAUGGGCAGCAAACGCUGUGCAGCAGCGUUACAGGGCCAACAAAAUGAUGAAUAUGGAAAGACAAAAACUAAAUGAACAAAAGCAUGCUACCCUUUUGAUUCAGGCUGCUUUCCGUGGCAUGAAGGCCAGACAACAUGUCAGAAGAAUGCACCAGGCCGCGUGCAACAUUCAGAGAGCUUUCCGAGUGUACUGUGCACACAAGCAGUAUCUUGCCUUGAAGUCUGCUGCUGUUACUAUUCAACUACGCUAUCGUGCCAUGGUUGCUUCCAGAAAACAGAGAGGGCACUAUCAUCACAUUCGCCAUGCAUCAAUAAUUCUGCAAGCGGCUUACAGGGGCUGGAAAGUAAGAAACACGAUUCAUCAGCAACACAAAGCAGCCACUUUGAUCCAAGCGUCAUUCAGAAGACACAGGGAAGUGAUAAAAUAUCAAGCAAUGAGGUUGUCUGCCCUCAUUAUUCAGAGACAUUACAGGUCCUUCCUCCGUAGCAGAUGGGAAAGAUUGAAUUUUGUAAGACUAAGAAACGCUGUCAUAUCCGUUCAGUCAGCAUUCAGGAGACAAAGGCUGAGAAAAGAACAAGCUCGAAUGCAUAAGGCCGCCACCCUUAUACAAGCUACGUUUAGGAUGUACAGACAGCUUGUAGCUUUCAGAAGGUUGCGUUGGGCAACCUGUGUUCUACAAGAAAGACUGCGAGCUCAAAGAAUGAGAGAUGAUCAAGUGAAGCAGUACACGAAGAUUAGGUGGGCUACAGUUUGCAUUCAGGCAGCAUUCCGUGCAAAGAAAGCAAGGCAGCUGGUGAGGCAAAGAAGGGCUUCCCAAACAAUUCAGUCAUUCCUGCUAAUGACUGCGGAUCGACGCCGUUUCUUGCGCAAAAGGGCAGCUUCCAUAGUUAUCCAGAAUGCAUUUAGACGUCACUGUGCCAGAAUUCAUUUCAGAAAAAUGCAAGUUGCUGCUUUGCUGAUACAGCGUUGGUACAAGUCAUGCCAACUUGCUAAAAAAAAGAGAGCUGCAUAUCUUGCUGUCAGGCGGGCCACGGUGACGUUGCAGUCUGCCUUUCGAGGAAUGUUGGCAAGGAGGAUGGCUUACUGUGUGCGGUCUGCGAUCAAGAUCCAGUCAGUGCUGCACAUGUUCAUGUACCGAAAGAGAUUUUUGAAUCUCCGCUCAAGUACGGUGAAAAUACAGGCGAGUUGCAGAAUGUUCAUCGCAAGAAGACAGUUUUUAGCCUAUCGGAGUGCAGCAAUCAUUUUGCAGAAGCAUUACAAAACUCGACAAGUAAUGAGAAAGCAGAGAGCUUGCUAUCUGAAGGCUCUGAAAAGUGUCCGAACAAUUCAAGCAUGUCUACGUGGACAUAUUGAACGGAGAAAAUUUUCUCAACUUAAGAAGAGUGCUGUAACAAUCCAGGCCUUUUAUCGUGGAAUUGUACAAAGAAGAAAGUUCCUGCAGCAAAAAACAUCAGUUAGCAAAAUUCAGGCAUAUUACAGAGCACAUGCACUCUGCCAAAAAGAAAGGACAAAGUACUUGGAGAUUAAAAAAUCAGUUGUUUUGAUACAGGCGAUGUUUCGAGGCUAUCAAGCAAGACAACAUGCUAGGAAACUUAAAGCUGCAGUUAGAAUUCAAGCAUGGUACAGAACAAACAUGAUCCGUCGGAAGUUUAUUUUGGAGCAGUCUGCCAUUGCAACAAUCCAUAGAUGUGUACAAACAAGACUUCUCCGAAAGAGGUUCCUAAAAAUAUGUCACAGUGCUUGUGUUAUUCAGAGAAGAUGGAGGGAAACACUUAGUGCCAGGAGAGAGCAUCAGGACUUCUUGGAAAUGAAAGCCUCAGCUAUGAGAAUUCAAGCCUUGUGGAAAGCCCGGAGGAUUCGAAGGCACCUUCUGAAAGAACUGAAAGCUGCUGUGGUAAUUCAGUCGGCCUACAGGGGACAUGUGCUCAGACGGUCUUUCCAGCAUCAGAGGAAUGCUGCUGUUGUUCUACAGAGACAUCUUCGAGCUUUAAAAAAAGGAAGAGAAGUCAGGGAGUCCUUUAAGAACAUGAAGGCUGCUGCUGUGAUCCUUCAAGCUUUUUGUCGUGGCUGGCUUGUCAGAAAAUUGGUCAAAGAGGAGGCCCAAGCUAGGAGAAGACAACUUUUCACGGCUUUUGUUUACCACCAUCUUUGUGCUGUAAAAAUUCAGAGAGCCCUUCGGGCCCACUGGGCAUUGGAAUCUGCUAAGAAACAAAUCUGCUCUGUUAUUUGCAUUCAGAGAUGGUUCAGAACUUGGGCACAGCGAAGACGGUAUCUUGAGCAGCAAAGGAAGAUCAUCACAUUGCAGAGGGCAGUGAAAGGGUGGUUAUCCCGACGCAACAAAGCUGCCACUGUCAUUCAGCAAGCAGCCAGAAAAUACCUACUGAAGAGACAAGGAAAGAGGUUGCAGGGUGGAAUCAUUAAAGCACAGGCUUUGUGGAGAGGGCACUGUUCACGAAGGCUCAACGAUACCUCAAAAAUCAUUGCCAUGAGACAUCGCUUCAGAAAGGUUAACUUGGCAGUUAAAGAGGAAGACAAGCUUUGUAACAAGACUGCAAUUGCCAUUGACUACCUCUUAAAAUACAAGCACUUUUCAUACAUUCUAGCAGCCUUAAAACAUUUAGAGACUGCAACCAGACUUUCACCUGAGUGUUGUGAGCACCUUGUUGAGAGUGGUGCUACUUUGAUCAUUUUUACUUUGAUAAGGAGCUGCAAUCGUAGUGUUCCUUGUAUGGAAGUCAUCACUUAUGCCAUCCAAGUCCUUCUCAAUUUGUCAAAAUAUGAGAAAACCACAGAAGCAGUUUAUGGGGUGGAGGAUUCUGUGGAGACUCUGCUAGAUCUGCUGCAGAUUUACAGGGAGAAAGCUGGAGAUAAGGUGGCAGACAAAGGAGGAAGCAUUUUCACAAAAACGUGUUUCCUCCUAAUCAUUUUGCUUCAUGACAAACAGAGAGCCUUGGAGGUGAGAAAGCUUCCAAAAGCAGUGGAUCGAAUUGGUAGCAUUUACCGUCUAACUGUUCGGAAGCACAAAAAGGAUGCUGAAAGAACAAUGAUAAAGCAAAAGAUGAAUGCAUCCCUUAAUGGUAGCUUUUUCAGUCAAACCAUCUCUCAUAACCCAAAACCUCUUCCAAGAAUUGCACCAGACUGGAUCUUGGCAAAAAACAACAUGAAAGAAGUAGUGGAUCCUCUCCGUGCAAUUAAAAUGGUUGCAGAUGUUUUUGGCAUUGUGCCGUGAAGUUGGGAAGGAAAAGAAAUUUGAUGAAAAUGUGUGAUUAUAAUGUUAAAAUCACUGUUGUAUUCACUGGAUAUAUUUUGUCUGUAAGAGUUCUAGAAUAAUCAAAAUGCCACAGCGUACUUGAAAACGUUUAAAGUUGUUGGACAACUUUUUGUGGAGUAGUGUGACUGGCCAAAUGUUUUCUGACAGACAAGAGUGCAUUUAUUUUGUCGCUUACUGAUGGACAAAAAAGGUGGACAAAAGAUGUGAGUUGAGGGGAUCACAAAACAGGCCAUUGCUGUAAAACAAUUAAUCGCAGCAGACUUACUCUGUGCUAUUUCAUGGAAAUGACAGACUUUGGUCUAUUCAUCCCUUGUUGAAUUUAGUGUGUCGUCUUCAAAAUAUUUACCAAUUUGUGAACAUUUCUCUAUUGUAAGCUGCAUCUUGUUUUACGUCCAUGCUGGUUAUGUGUAUGGACCUUUGACAAAACAAAUUGUUCCAAAAAUACGCUUGCAUCACUGCUGGUGUUUCUCAAACCUGUAUGUUACUUCUUGAGCUGUACCUGUUUAUAGCUGAAAAGGUCUAAGAAACCUAAUUUUUAGUAUUUUGCUGUUAAUAUAUUGGAUUUUUAGAAUUAUAUUUUAAUGAAAGUGAUGAUAAUGUUUCUUGUGCAGUUUGUAAAUAGCAUUUUAAAACACCUUUAACAAAAUGGGACUCAAAAAUGCCUUCUUUAAGAUACUGAAAAUAUUUUUGUACAUUUAUA